UACCAAUCCAUACAUAGAUUAGUACAAGUUAUUGUAACAUUACUAAUAGAAAUAAUGUAUGGAUUAAGUAAAGGUUUAGUAGGAGGGACCAGGCAGGCCAUGGCAUUGUGUAGACCAUCUCCAAUAGUGAUGAGUCAAUUUUGUAAGCCAAUAAUAUCUACACCUAUAUCAUCAUUGUCAUCAUUAAGAUCAUUCAGUUCAUCAUGUAUAACAUUUAAAACAAAUACAUCGACUCGUACUAAAGAAAAUGUUCAUGAUUUAGAAACAUUUUUUCAACUUAUUGGACGUAAUACUAUUGAACAUGUUGGAUUAUUUGAAAAUGAUUUACAAAAAUUCUUAACUAGUAGUUCAAUAGAAAUGAAAAAUUUAGGUAUAGAAGUAUCAACUAGAAGGUAUAUGUUAAGAUGGAAAUAUAAAUUUAUUAAUGAUUUAGAACCUUUAAGAGAACAUAAAAGAGGUAAAAAGAGGAAUGGAGGUGAAAGAAAGGCUAAACUUAUUGUUGCUAAGAGAAAUGCUGAAAAGAGACAUGAAGAAAGAGAAAAACGUAAAGAAGCUGAUCGUAAUGAAGAAAGAGUCUUUUAAACCUAUGGAUUCAUAUUGCAUAUUUAUUUCUCCCAUUAGGGAUUGGGAUUUGUACUCUUACUCGUACUCGUACCGUACUUGUAUUGGUCCUUUCUGUAUAUAGUACAUUGGUUAAUAUAAGCAUACCAAC